UAAUAUCGUAAGAUGACGUUGUACGUGACACCACGCGCUGACCUAGACGUCACCCGGAAGAGGAGUGUGUGAGGAGUGUUUACAAUACCUGCAGACCGUUAAAAUGAAUCCUCCGAUGAUCAACUCGACCAACUCCGUGUCAACGACCAAAAGAAAACGAGAAGCUGAGCGCUCCGUUAACUGGACAGUAGAAGAAACUCAGGUGCUGCUGUGCGCCUGGAGUGACGAGCGUGUCCAGAAGAGUUUGGCAGAAAACCUACGCAACCGCCAUGUCUUCAAGCACCUCUCGGCCCGUAUGAGUGAAAUGGGUUUCUCUCGGAGUCCACACCAGUGCCGGCUUCGGGUCAAAACCCUGAAGGCUAAUUAUGUGAGAGCCAAACUGCAGAGGAGUGUCGACAGUUUGCAGCCUUGCACUUUUAAAUACUUUACAGAAAUGGAUGCUGUGUUGGGCCGGAGAUCAUCGAGAGGGGAAGGAGAACCCUGUUUCGUUUCUCCGGAACAGAUGUUCGAGCAGCAUCUUGACUCCAUAGACAGUAUAGGAAAUAGGCUACCAGAUUUAAAUUCUAAUACAGAGAUUAGUGGACACCAUCUCAGUUCUUUGGGGAAGACAGGAAGACAACAUCUGAGCUCCUUAGAGGAGAUAGAAGGCCGUCAAUCUUGGAAGCUGGACUCUGAAGUCAAGCUGGAGGAUGGAGAAGAUACAACAGGGAAGUUUGAUGUCAGGAAUACAGAAUUCCCACGGUGUCCGAGAGACAGACGUUAUGAAGUUAAUCAGGAAUCAUCCAUUCAUCGAGAAAUUAAUGGUACAUUUGUGGAAAACAGCUUGAGCACUCCAUCCCCACAUGUAGUACCAACUCCACCUGCUCCUUCUCCGCCCCCUUUUACCCAGCCCACUGCCUCUCCUCUCCCUGAGCCACCAGAUCCAAGACCCAACACCCUUCCGCCCUUUGGCCACCACCACCCUGAGUCCACCUGCCUGGAACCCAUCCUCAAACGCCUGUCAGAACGCUUCCAGCAGCUGGUUUCGGAGACCCGGGGCCUUCUGGUGCAGCUUGAGAGUCAGCGGCAGGAACAGGCCCGCUGGCAUCAGGAGCUCUUAGCAGAGUGGCUGCAGAGAGAGGAGCGUCGGCAGAGGGAGACGGCAGAGAGGGAGGAGAGGAGGGAGAAAGCCCGCAUGGAGCAUGAAAUCAGAGUCCUGGAACUCCUCAUCAGUUUAGCCAGAGAACACGGGUGUAAAUGUGGAGGCAGUCAGACAGUAGCAGAGGCACCAGCUGGUCCAAAUCAGGCUAUGAACUAAGAAAUUAGGGUGCAGUCACACCAAGGACUUUAACAGUUGUUAACUCAGUGUGCAAUUGUAUUCAAGCUCAGAUGGAACCAAAUAAUGGCACUGAUAAUGAAAGCAAUCACAUUCAGGGGGAGCUUGGGUUUUUUGGCCUUAACCCUGAGUGAUAUGGAGUGGAAUUUUAAUUGAACCAAAUGCAAGAAAAGACCCUCAAAAUCUGAAAGUUUGUGAGUAUAAGAAGAUGACUUCUGAUUGCAGUCAUGCUUAGAAAACUCGCAAGAAAAUAUACAGUAGUUGAUGUGUCGAUCUUUGAGGGGACUUUUUAGUUGUCAGUUAAUUGUACCAAAUGUAAUUAAAUUGUUUGAUGCUCUUUUAUAUAAAUUAAUAAAUAGAUAUUUUCAACACUA